AUGCCGGCUCAACCCCGAAUCCAUCUGGUGCGCCACGCCCAAGGCUUCCACAACCUGGGCACGGAAUUCCACAGCCUCCGCGAUCCACGCCUGACGCCGCUGGGCGAGUCGCAAUGCGCGACGCUGCAGGCGACGCACUUCCCGCGUGAACGACAACAAAACAUCUCGCUGGUGACGGCGUCGCCGCUCACGCGGACCAUCCACACGGCACACCUGACGUUCUCGCCGGCGCUGGCCAACGGCAAAUGCCAGCCGGCGGCGAUCCUGGCGAUCCCGGACGCCCAAGAGACCAGCGACUACGCGUGCGACGUGGGCAGCGAGCCGGCGGUGCUGCACGCCCUCUGCGACGAGCAGGGCUGGAAGGUCGACCUGUCGCUGGUCAAGGACGACUGGACCGUCAAGACCCUCGACAGCCGCUACUCGCCCGCCAGCAGCGCCAUCAUGGCCCGCGCCCGCGCCGUCCGCCUGCUGCUGAGGCAGAAGGCCCGCGACCUGCUCGCCGCCGGCGACCCGGCCGUCGAGAUCGUGCUCGUCUCCCACGGCAGCUUUCUGCAUUUUCUGACCAACGACUGGGAGGACGCCGACAAAUUGACCGGCACCGCCUGGGAGAACUGCGAACACCGCACCUAUGAGUUCGAGGACGGGCUCGUGACCGACGCUGACGCUGACGUUGAUCCGGACGCCUAUUUCGUCGAAACCCGCGACUCUCGUGCCCGCCGCGGCAAACUGCACCCCAUGGCACCUCGCGACCAGCAGAACCGUCUGUUCCAUAAGGUCAUGCAGGCCUGGAAGGACCAGGGUCUAGUGGACCCGGCCCAUCUCGACCUCCCGCUGGAACCGGACGACGCCGUCGCCACCGAUGUCUCCAUCGAUCGAGCCUCGGACAAUGUCCGAGUCAUGGCUUGA